AUGGCGGGCGAGCCUGUGUGGUACAGUAGUAUCACGCGAAGCUUCCAGAGAACAGUGCUGUGGAUCCUAGUUUCGGAUCCAGCUUGGUGCGGUUGUUUUUCGGCACAGGGGGCUGUUUCACUUUUGUUAACAGCUGUGUAUAAAUUACCUUUCGGAUCGCGGGCAGCAGGGGAUUGGCUCCCUCCUGAGAGAAUGUUCUAUUCUGCUCAGGUUCGCACGCCACCGUGGGCUACGAGGAGAUUUUUCAGAACUGUCACUCGGAUUUGCCAGAGCCGUUCUCCAGGACUAAGAGCCAGUCCAAAGGAUCAAGAUAUCAAGUUAGCAGGAACAGGACGACCGAGGCAGGCUUGCGGGAAAAUACGCGGGAUUUAUAUGGCGCCUCCUACCAUUGUUCGGGACAAACAGGAACAUCCUGACCAGCGAGAAAUAUUAUGUGGGUUUCCUUUCCCCGGCGACCCCCACAUUGAGUGGCACUACCCCAUGUAA